AUGGACUCUCUCCCUGUAAAUCACCACCCUCACAUCUCACUCGCUCACUCCCAGCGACAAAGGAGUCUUAAUUUCUUCCCUCGCUCUUCAUUUCCAACGCCCUUCUCUUCCGUCUCUCCCAUCAGAGCCUCAUCUUCACCCAAACACAACCCAUUUCACAAACCCCAAACCCCCUUAUCCCAACUUCUCAAAACCCUAUACCCUCUUCUCUCCACUCUCGUCAAACCCACCUCCGUCGCCAUAGCCGCCACCGCAUUCUUCUUCAUGCGCCUCCACCCUCCCUCCCUCGCCGCCGAGGAUCCACCUUCACCUUCGCUGCCGUCCACCGCGGCCGAAAUUCUCUCCGAUGAGAGUGCCGCGACGGAAACUCUCCCCCAUGCAAGCACCGCGUCGGAAACUCUCCCCGACGAGAGCGCCGCAGAAGAGCAACCGAGCGACGAGGUCGUCGAGCUUGAGUCCCUCCUGCAGACCAAAAUGCGAGCCCGCGAAAUAGACGAAGCGAUCCUCGUCCUGAACCGUCUAAUCGAACUCGAACCGGGGGAACUCGAGUACCCGUUCUUAAAGGCGAACCUGCACAUGCGCUUAGGCGAGCAUGAACUCGCCGCGAAGGGGUUCGAGGACUUGCUUGAGAGGGAUCCGUUCCACGUGGAGACGCAUCGAUGCCUGUUAAUGGUAAUUUCGGAGACGAAGGCGUCGACAAGGGAACUUCUGAAGAAGAUCGAAGAGACGGUGAAGGUUUGCGAGGAGGAAGAAAGAGAUUCCGAUGUGAGAGACUUCAAGUUGUUGAUCGCGCAGAUUAAGGUUAUCGAUGGGGAUUUAUCUGAUGCGUUGAAGGUGUAUGAGGAGCUUGUGAAGGAAGAACCCAAGGAUUUUAGACCUUACUUGUGUCAGGGUAUUGUGUAUACUAUGCUGAAAAAGAGUGAUGAAGCUGAGAAGCAAUUUCAGAAGUAUCGCACGCUUGUUCCCGAGAAUCAUCCUUAUAAGCAGUAUUUUGAGGACAAUUCUAAGAUUUUGGAGACGGGACGACUAGGUGAAAAGAGCUUAGGGUAA